CUUCUCACAAGGCGCUCUUUAAGCUCCGGUGUUGCCACACAGAGCAGCCAUUCAUCGGCUCUACAGUCAGCCACACACUCCCAUGUUGAACCACUGGACAUCUAAAUUGGUGUAGCGGCUUUUGCUGAGAAGGAUUUCUAGCCGACGGUGGAAAGGAUUUGGACACUUUUACGCAGCAGUAUGGCAUUGCCAGAGAAGAGUGAGCAAUAACUGGGAUCUUCGCAGACUCCAAACGUCUUUAUCAAUUAAAACGAUUUAAUUGCACUAAAUAGUUCGGACUCUUUCUAAAAUAAAUUUAACAUUCGAGGGUUGUCUUGUCAUUAGUUGAAAGUAAGAAAAUAAAAAUAUGUCGGGAGAGGAGCACAGCCUGUCCGAGGCGGAGCUGAGUCCUGGUGGGUCAGACGAUGGUCACUCACUGUCACCGACUCAACCCGGAGCGCCACCCGGCCAGGACUCACCUUUGACCGUGCCGCCGCAGCAGCUGACCGCGCUCUGUGUCGCGGAUGGCAGCGGGGACGAUGGAGGCAGAUCCAGAGGUAAAUCGGAGGAAGAGGACGAUCGCUUCCCGAUCGGUAUAAGGGAGGCGGUCAGUCAGGUGCUGGACGGAUAUGACUGGACACUCGUGCCUAUGCCUGUGCGCGUAAACAACGGAAACAAAGCAAAACCCCACGUCAAGAGGCCCAUGAACGCAUUCAUGGUGUGGGCUCAAGCGGCGAGGAGGAAACUAGCUGACCAGUACCCCCACCUGCACAACGCGGAACUCAGCAAGACCCUGGGCAAACUGUGGAGGCUGCUGAACGAGAGCGACAAGAGGCCAUUCAUCGAGGAGGCGGAGAGGCUGAGGAAACAGCACAAGAAGGACUACCCGGAGUACAAGUACCAGCCCCGGAGACGCAAAAACGGCAAACUAACGCCUGCUAGUGAGUCCGAUAGCCAGGGGGAAGGGGAGGCCAGCCACUCCCAGUCACAUUACAAGACCUUACAUUUGGAGCAUAAUGGUGGGGCUGGGUCUCCCCUGGGUGACCUGCACCACCACCACCAUCACCACCACCAUCCUGCUGGUCAGGGUCACAGCCCACCCACACCCCCCACCACCCCAAAGACAGAGCUCCAGUCUGGGAAACUGUCAGAUGCCAAGAGGGAUGGGGCAGCAGGAGCGGCCGGAGGAUCAGGAGGGUCCAGGGGAGCCCUCGGGGUGGGAGCUGAAGGUGCAUCCGGCGGUCCCUCAUCAUCAGGUGCCAAACCCCACAUCGACUUUGGCACCAUGGACAUCGGCGAGAUCAGCCAUGAGGUGAUGUCCAACAUCGAGCCAUUCGAUGUAAAUGAGUUUGACCAGUACCUCCCUCCAAAUGGCCACCCGCAGAGUGGAACUGGGGCCCCCGCAGCUGGAUCCUCAGCCUCAUCUUAUGCUUAUGCCCUGGCUGCUGCUAGUGGGCACUCCGCCUGGCUCUCCAAACAGCAGCAGCAGCCUCAGGCCUCACCGUCUUCCUCUGACCCCUCCAAGGCCCAGAUCAAGAGCGAAUCUGCAUCUGGGAGCCACUACGCUGAGGCCUCGUCCUCUCCCUCCUCAGGCACCCAUGUCACCUACACCCCGCUCAGCCUCCCUCACUAUGGCUCCGCUUUCCCCUCACUGGCCUCCAGAGCUCAGUUUGAGUAUGGAGAGCACCAGGCCCCAGGGGCGUAUUACGCCCACUCCAGUCAGGCCCCAGGGCUAUACUCAGCCUUCUCCUACAUGGGCCCUACACAGAGGCCUCUGUACACUACCAUAGGAGACCCCUCCAGCGUGGCCCCCUCUCACAGCCCCACACACUGGGAGCAGCCUGUUUACACCACACUCACAAGACCUUGAGGGAGACCAGCUGAGCAGAGGGAAAUAUGGGAAGCGUGUGAGUGGAUCUGUGUGUCUGUGUGCGGAAAUCUGUGAGGGUGUGAUUGUGUACGUGUGUGUGUGUGUCUAUGCCAUAUUGAUGUUAUAUUAGAGGUUUUUACUUUUUUAGCCAAUAUAAUGCAAGACGCAUCCAUGGGGGCCUUACACAGUUUUAAAAAAGAAAAAAAAAACAACAGCCACAAACUCACACAGUAUAAAGUGUGAAUCAUGGGUCAACAGCCAAUCAAAAAAUAAAUAAACCUUAACAAACGUGUGCCAUCAUAAAUAUAUGAGUUGGGAUGUACAGCAAGUGUGUAUACAAGAGGUAGACAAGUGAGAGAGACACUGGGAGUGGACAGAUGUUGAUGAGUGACUCUGAUUUGACCCAAAAGUGAUGGGUUUAGACUGACAUAAUCAGAUUUUAUUAACCAAACUAAAGGAUGUUUUUGUUGUUGUUGUGUUAUUUUAUAUGAGUAGUAAGUUUAUUGUCAUUGUUGAUAUCCUACGGUGUAACAUUAUUGUGACUGAUUUAAUAUUACACUUAUACAUCUGCACCACUGCUUUGGGAGAAAGCAUGUUUCCUGGGGUUGUUUCUUUGUGGCCAGAAAAGUAUAGUUGCAACCUUCUUCCUUUGUAGAUAGCACAGUCUGAAUUCCUGUCCUUUCUUUACAUGGACUACACUCAACUGAACAAUUGAGCAUUUAAGGGGAAAAUAGGAAAAAGAGAGGGAAAGAGAGCUCUUAAAGAUGUAUUUCAGCUUAUCGCUCAGUCUUGGACACUUACCUCAAUUCUAUUCAUUUUGUGCCAGUAGCAAAGGAGGAGAACGAACCUGGAUACCUGAUCGACGGAAGGUAUUCAAAAUUUAAGAACCUUAAACCUCCACCUCAUUCGUCUUUUUUUUUUUUUUUUGCUUUCUAAGUGCCUAACAUUUUGCUGAUUCGCAUCUGAUUUAUCCAAUAACUGAGUUAAAAUCUAUAAGUACAAAGUCUCAACCAAACCUCUCGAGAUAAUUGGCCAGCUUUGGGUCCUACUUAAGGAUUAGAAUCACAUGUACGACUGUUCUGCGCUGCAUGUAGGCCAAAAGCAUGUUUUCGUUUUCCUAUGUUGUGCAUAAAUAGCCCUCUUCCUCUUCAGCAAUGUGAAUAAUGGUCAUUACCACAAGCUUCACCUUUAUUAAGUGAUGCAUACUUUAUCAUUUUAUACUGACCCUCUUACCAUUAGUUAUUAUUUUUGUGUAAGUAAUAAUGCAUUGUGUGUCACACUUUUGCUUCUUCCAUUUUGUAUAAUUCUGGAUAGUUUUGUAAAGUGUUUGCUAUACAUCCACUUGAGUAUUUUGCUUCCUUACAAGAAAAGCAAUGUUGAAAUAUUAUUGUUGUCAUUUAUUAAAUCAAUUUAUUUAUAGAAA